GGGUUUCUUGUGUAGUAUUUUCUGUUUUAUGUUUAAAGAGCCUUCUCGCUUGUUUUUUUUUGUGUCACCUGUGUUCAAUUAGUUCUCUGGAAUUUUGCCCAUGUGUUUCCCCUUUUCCACGUCUCGUGUGUCUCUGUGUCCAGUGUUGCUCUGUCCUGGCUCUUCUCCUGUUUUUAGUGAAUCUAUUGUUGAUGAGAUUUUUCUUUGUGGGAUUAAGUUUGUUUUUUUACUUUGACUCUUCAGCUGCUUCUCCAAGAACGCACAGUGGAUGAAUCAUAAAUCGGCCCUGCCCUAUGAUUAAAACCUGACAAAACAGAUUUGAAGAGGAAGUGCAGUUUAAGUCCAUUAUUCAUCUCUCCCUGUGAAGAGAUCAGUCCCCGCUGCCGUCAGUCUUGUUUCCUCUCCAGCAUGAAGGUGGCAGUGAUCGGUGCAGGGGUUUCUGGUCUGGGAAGCCUCAAGGUCUGUUUGGAUGAAGGUCUGGAGCCCACCUGCUUUGAGAGCAGCCAUGACAUUGGGGGUCUGUGGAGAUUUAAGGAGACGCCUGAGCCUGGACGUGCCAACAUCUAUAAGUCGGUAGUGAUUAACAGCUCCAAAGAGAUGAUGGCCUUCAGUGACUUUCCUCCACCUGCUGAGCUCCCAAAUAACAUGCACCACUCUGAGGUGAUGCUUUAUGUGCGCCUCUAUGCUGAGGCCUUCAAACUGCUACAACACAUACAAUUCCAGACUACAGUGGUCAGUGUGAGGCAGACCCUGGAUUUUGCAGCAACAGGCCAAUGGGACGUGGAGACAGAGACGAGAGACGGUCAGAGGGAGACUCGUGUUUUUGAUGCAGUGAUAGUUUGUACCGGACACUUCACCCAGCCUCACCUGCCCCUCGGAGACUUCCCAGGUAUUGAGAGCUUUGAAGGUAGAUAUUUCCAUAGCUGGGAUUAUCGCAGUGCUGACGAUAUGGAAGGGAAAAGAGUGGUGGUGAUUGGGAUUGGGAACUCUGGAGGUGAUAUUGCUGUGGAUAUCAGUAGAGUUGCUGAGAAGGUGUACCUCAGUGCCAGGAGUGGAGCGUGGCUCGUCAGUCGUGUAGGAGAGGGUGGGCUCCCAGCUGACCUUGUUGGCACUUCUCGACUGGAUAUGAUGAUGGGGAAGCUCUUCCCCUCGUGGGUCAAUAAGAUGGUGGAGAAUAAACUGAACAAAGUAGUCAACCACAAACUGUACGGCCUGCAACCAAAUCAUGGUUUUUUUCAACAGAUCCCUCUUGUGAAUGACGACCUGCCAGCUCGGAUCAUUUCCGGUCGUGUUCAGUUGAAACCAAACGUGAAGCAGUUCUGUGGAUCCACUGUGGUCUUCGCCGAUGGCAGCGUUAUAGACAAGGUGGAUGUAGUGGUGUUUGCCACCGGGUACAACUACAGCUUCCCCUUCCUGCCCUCAGCUCUGCAGGCUAAAAGUGGUUACAGGCUGAAUCUCUACAAGCAUGUGUUCUCUCCUGCACUGACCCGGCCUACACUGGCAGUGGUGGGCUUCAUCCACGGCUUGGGGGCAAUCAAUCCUUUAGCGGAGAUGCAGGCCCGCUGGGCUACGAGAGUGUUUAAAGGCUUAACGAAACUCCCCUCAGAAAAGACCAUGAUCAAGGAAAUUGAGAAAGACACAGUAACCAUGCAUCAGAGGUUUGCCUGCUCAGACCGUAACCCCAUCCAGGUGGAGUACGUGCCUUACCUGGACUUUGUGGCCGAGCAGGUUGGGGUUCGACCAAACCUACUGUGGCUCUUACUGACAGACCCGAGACUGGCACUGAAUAUUCUACUGGGUCCCUGCACUCCAUAUCAGUACCGUCUGACUGGGCCAGGCCAGUGGGCUGGAGCCCGUCAGGCCAUCCUCACUCAGUGGGAUCGGGUGAUUCAGCCUUUCAAGACCAGAGUGGUACCAGAACCAGAGACCAAGCCUUCUUCUAAGCGGAACAUCAUCAUGUUUUUCUCAGGGUCAGUGCUCCUGUGCUGCAUUGUCUAUAAUAAGCAUGAACUCUCCUCUUUCUUCUCAUUGCUCUCAUUACUCAGAUCUCCUCAGUAAGCUGCACAGACUGUGCAGUACUGAGACUCGAUGAUGGCUGUAGCCUGUUUUUAGACUGUAUGAAUUCAAUCAGUGCUUUUAAGUAAACGUGCUACUUUUACGUCUGUGCAGCAUUCUGAACAUCAUGUAUGCCCUUUGCUUUCUCUCAUAGCUUUCUUGAUACAGAAGGUCU